GUUUAUAACGAUUUUUACACUGCAAGCGUCAAAAUGAAUUGACGGCGGUAUUGAGUCGUCGUCGCGACUACGGUGCGCUAACAGUUUUUUUUUUUUUACUCGAAAUUAACCGAUGUGUGUGUAAUAAUAAUUGAAAUAUUAUAUCAUAUCAGCAGCCCGGUCGCGACCGAUCGGUUAUUGUGUUUUUUCGAUUUUUUUUUUUUUUACUGAUAUUAUUAAUAUUAUUUUACACGUGUGCGAGUUCGAGUCUCGCGACAGUUUCCAAAUUCUGCGAACAGCUGUCCACCGCCUUUCAACUGCAGACAUUUAUCAACAUUACAUAGUAUACAUUACAUAAUAUACACCUAAGGUUAUAAAAUGGUACUGUUCCGGAAUAGACACUCAAUACGAAACGAAGAUGUUAUACCAGAUAUAUCAGCUCCAAUACUUCUAAGAAUGACAGCUAUCAGAAACAGUAUGCGUGCAGACCAUCAAUUUAUUGGAGAUAAACACAGCAGUCUUUAUGGCAUACAGCAAGCAGACGUCGGCUUGUGGAACAAGAACAUGGGACAAAAGUGGCGGAAGAUCCGACGUCGGUGUUCGUCGUUCAACACGGGCACCGGCAAGGGCGGCAAAUCGACCGCGGCCGUGGACGGGCCCCUGUUGCCGCCGUCGCCGUCGUCGUCGGACGACUCGGCCACAUCCACGCCGCCGACGGCCGCGGCCACGGUGCAAGACAUGUUGCGCUCUCGACUGAACAUGCUGAACAUCGGCGGCCACAAGCGGCGGCCGCAACUGCAGCUCUUCGGCGGCGGCGGCGGCUGCAACGCUCGUCCCGGUAGCGUGGCCGCGGACACGUCCACGUUUUACGUGCCGUCGCCGUUGCUGCGGCCGGACGAUGACGACGACGACCACCGCGUGGACGCGGCCGCGGGCCCGUGUUCGCUGCCCGUCGCGUUCGACCUGUCCGCCGCCGACCACCGACUGCUGCAGCCGUCGUCGCUGUGCCGCGUCGCCGAGACGCCGUCGUCGUGCGGGUCGUCCGGCCGCGGGACCGCCGACGACGGGGCCGGCAGUGACCGGUCGUCCGUGUCGUACAGCGACCACGGUUACAACAGCAUCGCCAGCACCGCGACGGCCAUCACCGGAUACGACGCCGAUCGACUCGGCGGCUGCAGACCUCAUUCGUUCGUCAUCAGGCGGACCGCAAAUAACGCUCAGCGGCGACCAACGCGGUGCAGUGGCGACGACACGGACGACGGUUACAACGACGACGACGGCGGGGCCGGCGACGAAGACGACGACGACGACUAUUACAAUUGCAGUCUGCUGUUGCAGAACAAGCCCAAAAUGCGAUCCUGCCGACGGUGGUCUCAAGCCGAUUCGCUGGCGCUGGACACGCCGACACUGACGGCCAAAGCGUUCAGGAUCGGCGGUGCCGUGUCCACGCCCGACGGAGGUCGUCCUCGCUACGGCGGCCCGUCGUCCCUGCAACAGACCUACACGCCACCACCGUUGCAGCAACAAUUGCCAUCCCUACAGCAACAGUUUCCAUCCCUACAGCAGCAACAGUUGCCGUCCCUACAGUCGCCGUCCCUGCAGCAACAGUUACCGUCCCUGAACCAUCGUCAACAGUUGUCGUCGUCGCCACCGCCGUUGCCACCGCCGCCACUGAUGCACAAACCUCUACCACCGCCGCCGCCACCACCCUCGUCGUCGUCGUCGGAGAGGACCGACCUGCCCGCCAUACCGGAAUCGUCGCAGUGGGACGAACAACAACGAGCACGCCACCGCCGCCGGACGCCAGAACGGCAGCAAGCCGACAGGCUGGAAAGGAACGGCUCGGCGAGGGUCAGCGGCAGGAACCCGUAUCGGACGUUCAACGGGAGGGCCGCGUCGCCGGCCGGCGCCACUGCAGCUCUCGGUUCCGGCGGAGGCGGCGGCGGCAGUGGCGUCGUCCCGGCGGGCCAUUGUCAACGCGACAGUCUUCUGCAGGGCGGAAAAAACGACAGCAAUUGUUUCUACACGUUACCGCGGGGCGGCGGCAAGGACGCGUGCUUCACGAUCAUGACGGUCAAGUUCCAAAAAGGCCCGGGACACAAGUGCUUGGGCUUUAGCAUCGUAGGCGGCACGGAUUCGCCGAAAGGUACGAUGGGCAUCUACGUGAAAACCAUAUUUCCGAACGGACAAGCCGCCGACACAGAAACGUUGAAAGAAGGCGACGAAAUUCUGGCAGUCAACAAUAAGCCGUUGCACGGAUUGAGUCAUCGCGAAGCAAUAGCUGUGUUCAAAGAGAUAAAGUUGGGAGAAAUGGCAUUACACAUCGGUAGGAGGAUUCCGAAAAGAACUAGGGAAUCGGUCAAGUCGAUGCGAAGUCCUUGAAAAGAAGAAUAUUCAUCGAGAUUCUCAUUUCAACGGAUGGUGUUAUUAUUAUUAUACUGUUUACUAUCGUUUUGUACCUAUACCUAUAAUUAUUUUAUUCAGAGUUAUAUAAAAAUGUUUCAUCGUUUA